UCAAUUUUUAUUUAAAAAAGACGCUUACGAUACGAUCAGAAUAUUACUAUAUCGAUCCAAUCGAGUAACGAUGACUUUUCUAAAGCCAGUAAUGCAACAAUGUUUACUUUUAUCACACCAUCGUGUCUACAAAUUCAUCAUAAUUUAAGCAUCUGCGCACCUGAAAAAGUAAAAGGUUUGCAGAUGGAAUAUAUUCGAAAGCGAAGUGAAGAAUUAUAUGACAUUGCAGUUAAUUGGAAUAAACCUUUUCUACAACCGAAUAAUUAUACGUUACAAUUUAACUCGCUUCAAUUUGAACCACGUUCACUAGUUGUACCCGGGGAUGCAGUCAAAGCUCUUUUCUCAAACGUCGAUGUAAGAUUGUGGUAUGAGAUCAAUAUUGUAGCAGAAUCAAUGGGCGGUGUAAGUUUACUAUCGACUAUAUCCGGGAGUAUCGACGAAGCUUCAGUUGCAGAGCUAUCUUAUCGCGAGAUUAUCGUAGCGUUAUCAACACUAGUGAUUGUUGUGGGGGUAUUUGGAAUAAUUUAUAUGCAACAUUGUAACAAAAGAGAAGAGAAGAAUAAGCAAACUAAUAUGGAAUAUAUGCAUUUUGAGGGUUCUAUGGCUUCCCUAAAGAAACUUUUAAAUCGGGAUUAUGCAGGAGAGAAUAGCGACACUCUUUUGUCUCAUGAUAAAUUUCUACUUGUUCCACAACGGCUAAAACUUAAAGGUAUAUUAGGCAGUGGAGCAUACGGUAUCGUUAGACUUGCUUCGUUGCAAGACGAAUUUGGCACCAUCGCAGACGUAGCUGUUAAAAUGAUGAAAGAUAAUCCAACAGUAGACGAUAUAAAAAAUUUUUAUCGAGAGAUUUCAAUGAUGAAAUCCGCUGGUCAACAUCCGAACAUAGUGUCUUUAAUUGGAUAUUGUACUUUAUAUAAUAAACCUUUAUUAGUAGUGGAAUAUUGUAGCAAAGGUGAUUUACAAACAUAUUUAAGAACGAUUUGGCAGAAUAUAGUGAACGCCGUAUUCGAAUGUAGGACUCACUUAGAAUCUAAUAUGGCGUCUUUUACCAACAAGAACACAGAUCAAGAAAAAUGUGUCUGCAACUAUCAGAAUACGCAUACGAUCGCUAAUCGUUUAUAUGAUAUUCAACGAGAUAUGACUAAAUAUAUAGAAAAUAUUACUUCUGCCGAUUUAUUGAAUUUUGCUAGACAAGUAGCUACAGGAAUGGAAUUUUUAUCUUCUAAUCGGAUAGUACAUCGUGAUUUGGCUGCUCGUAAUGUAUUAGUGCGACCAGAUAGAGUGGUGAAAAUUUCGGAUUUUGGUCUCAGCCGGGAUAUUUAUCAAGAGAAUGUUUAUCGAAAGAAAGGAAAUGGUAAAUUGCCUUUAAAAUGGAUGGCAAUCGAGGCUUUAACGCAUCAAAUAUAUACUACUUACAGUGACGUAUGGGCUUUUGGUAUUUUAUUGUGGGAAAUUGUUACUUUAGGUGUCACACCUUAUCCUGAUACUCCCACAAAUAAAAUUUUACAAUUCCUCAAAUCUGGAUAUCGAAUGGAGAGACCACCAAAUUGUAGUAGAGAAUUGUACAGCAUAAUGUAUUCAUGUUGGAAUAUAAGACCACAAAGUAGACCUACUUUUACCGAAUUAAAACAAAACUUGGAUAAAUUGCUUAGUAAUUAUUCAGAAAAUAAAUAUUUGAGUUUGUGCGAUAUUCUGUAUGAAUCAGCUGACGAAAGUAAUGAGCCAAGCUCGAUUAAUGCAUGUUAAAAUGUACAGCACAACUAUAUUAACUAUAGCUCAUUAAAUUGAAUUAUAACAUGACAUUUUUAACAAUUUUUACUAUG